UGUCCUUCGAAUUGUUGGUCUUCCAAUGAGCUUUCGACGCAAGUCGCCCGGCUGCUCGUCAUCGCUACGCAGCGGCACCAAGCCAUUCCUCAAUGGACAAACACUCGUGUCCUCAGGUCUGAGUGAAUUAGACGCAGCUUUAGGCGGUGGUUUGCUGCUUCGUACUUUAAAUGUUGUGGAGGCUUUUGUACCAGGCUCUGACGAUUGCUCUUCCAAUGUCGACUUAAGCUCCGGCACCUCCGAGUCCCUGGCCAUUGAUCUACUACGCUAUUUCGUGGCUGAGGGCGUCGUAGAUGGCAAGCAACGUGUCGCAGUGGUGGCUCCCGAUGCGACGGCGUUUGUCAACGAGCAACUGCCACUGGAGCUGAGUCUUGCUCAACGUCAUGUUAAGCAGCAGCUGGCAGACAAAAACAAAGACGAUGAAUCGCUGACCAUCGCCUGGCAGUAUGGUAAGUAUCGCCAGAAGCAACAGAAUCGGAAGCAACGGUUCUGCCACAGCUACGACCUGUCCAAGAUGAUGCACCGGGAGAUGGUGGCGGCUAACGAACCCGUUGCAAUCGAUCCGUUGAGUUGGACAACGGAGACUGACGUUGGCGAUGCGUACGAACGUAUUUACCUGGCGAUUCAGGAGCUAGUGCAGCUGCAGAGGAAAGAUGGAGGAGGCCAAGUGCUGCGUGUCGGAGUGCUCGGAUUGGGAUCGUCAUUACUUGGUCCUGCUGAUGCUGCGCACACGACGGCGCUGUUCGGCUUUUUCAGAAAAUUACGGGCACUGCUCGCCCACUCGACGGGUGCUGUGUGCCUGGUACUGCUAAGUAGUGAUGCGCAGAUUGCCUUCCCUGCUGCGUUUGUGAACGAGCUUCGGCAUCUAAGCGACUCGGUGCUGACGCUGAACGCAUUUGCUGGCACGCGGGAUCUGCUUCCUGGUGAACUGCAGGAGUUUCAGGGAUCUUUGACGCUGCGUAAACUGCCGCGUGUGUAUGCUCUGGCAUGCCAUGCACCGAGCAAUACGCGCUUCGGAAUCAAACGGGAUCGUCGGAAGCUGAAGGUUGAGAAAUUCCAUCUUCCCCCCGAAGGCUCGCGCAGCAGCAACAACAAUUCCAGCAGGAGUGGCGGCACCACAUCGAGUUCGGGUGGUACAUGUACCGACCUACUAGCAUUUUAGCCCGGCUUUAGGUUAACGUCAACAACAGCAUCUUAGAAUUAGGGUAAAUCUUGACUUUCUAGCAUGCCAAAAGAUUACCAGUGUUUGCAUCAAA